AUGUUUUGAGUGGAGAUGUACUGAAAUAUAUUUGUUUUAACCCUCACAGAAACCUGUGUACAAUCUCAGAUUGAAAUGUUAACAUUAUUUAGCCGAUUUAAAUGUUUUUACGAGUCGGUUGUCGUGACAUUUCACUAUAUUAUUAGUGAGUACAUUUGGCGCCAAACUUGUAUAUAUGCGUGUAGAUUUGAGUUUAGCGCCGUUUUAAGUUGCUAGUUUAAUUUGGUCACUGUUCGCGCGCGCUGUAUACAUUUCACAACGGAAUGCCAAUCAAAAAAGUGACAAUGAAAUAUGAAUGCUGAAUAUUAAUCUAUUGUAGGGCUGUUAAUAAAAGGUUUAUAAUGACUGUUGCUGUUGACAGGCUGUCUCAUCUCUGACUCAUUUGGUUCUCAUGAUUAAACUUGUUCUGGGAGGCGCUUGAGCUCGGCCGCUGUCAAACCCUCUGAAACUUGUGCUGUUGAAAGCCAUUUAGUUGGAGGACAGAGUCUGUUUUCAGAUUUGAACCCCUAGAGAUGGAAACAAGCUCGUGCAUGUGCUGAGAAACUGACGCUUUUCGCUUCAUAAGCGCAGGUGUGAAGAUGAUUCCUGUGAAUGAGUUCCGGAACAUUACGUCAGAACAGAACCCGCAGUUCAGGGUUCUGAAGCCCUGGUGGGACGUCCUGUCUGAGUAUCUGGGCAUCGCUAUGCUCAUGAUCGGAGUGUUUGGCUGCACGGUUCAGCUGACACAAGACAAGAUAUCUUGCCUGCCAAACCGAUUCACGGAUCUCUCUGGUGGAGACAGGGACUGUAGUCACCUACGGCAGCACAAAGAGAAUGAGAGUCUGUGGGAAUUCGCCAUCACCAAACAUCUCAGUCCGAACAUCGUGGAAGUGUUCGGAAGGAAGAAUGGCCUCGAUAUCCACCAGUACGAGUUUGUUAACCACUUCUGCUACGAACGUGCCGUGCACUGGUAUGGCAAGUACUUCCCUUACCUUGUGGUCAUCCACAGCAUGAUCUUUAUGGUGGCCAGCAGCUUCUGGUUCAAGUUCCCAGGGACUUCGUCCAAGAUCGAGCUGUUUGUAAUCAUACUGGGGAAAUGCUUCGACUCACCCUGGACCACAAGAGCCAUCAGCGAAGUGUCCGAGGAAAGGCGAGAAGAGAGAAUGGUCGUAUGGAGAAAGAAUACAAUGACUAAAUCGGCCACAGACAACAACGACGACAUGGUGUCUCUGAUCCGGUCUUCCGUGAAGGACCAGAAAUCGGCAGAGUCGGCUGUGUCACUCUUGGAUAAAAAAGAAGGCGAGCAAGCCAAGGCCCUGUUUGAAAAAGUCAAGAAGUUUCGGACACAUGUUGAGGAAGCAGAUCUUCUUUACCUCAUGUACGUGCUACAGACAGUGCUGAAAGUCUUCAAAUUUGUUCUCAUCACUGUUUAUAGUAUCGUGUUGGUUCCAAACAUCCAGAUUGUUGUGAUGUGCUCGGUGCCUCCAGAUUUGACGGGGUUUGGGGCAUUCUGCUGUAACUACAAUAAAGCACAUCUGUUCUCCAAAUUAGCAUAUUGUUACAUAUGCUUCGUCGGGGUGUAUGGACUGCUGUGUAUCUAUUCACUUUAUUGGCUGUUUCAUCGACCACUCAAAGAGUAUUCCUUUGAGGCGGUCCGCUUGGAGACCGGAAUUAACGACAUCCCGGAUGUUAAAAAUGAUUUUGCAUUUCUCCUGCACCUCAGUGACCAGUACGAUGCUUUGUACUCCAAACGCUUCGCCGUCUUCCUUUCUGAGGUGAGCGAAUGCCGCUUGAGGCAGAUGAACCUCAACAACGAGUGGACGGGCAAUAAACUCCGUGCUCGGCUGGCGCGCAAUGCGAGCGAGAGGUUGGAGCUCCACUUGUUCAUGCUGCCAGGGUUACCGGACACUGUCUUUGAGAUUUCGGAAGUGGAGUCACUCAAACUGGAAAUGAUAAGCAAUGUCACAGUCCCUGGAACCAUAAUGCAGCUCACAGCCUUACAGGAGAUCGCGUUGAUCCACAGUCCGGCCAAGCUCCAGCUAGCGGCCCUCAAUCAUCUGCGUGAGAACCUGAAAGUUCUGCGUCUGACCUUUGAGGGACCGGACCAAGUGCCUCUGUGGAUGUACACCUUACAGAACCUGGAAGAGCUUCACCUAAGCGGCCCUCUAAACAACGAGCUCUCUCGCAAUCCGUCCCUGGACACGUUACGUGAGCUUAAAAAUCUGCGUGUGCUGACGUUGCGUAGCAAACUGACCAAGAUACCACCCAGUAUUGUGGACGUUUCGAAUCAACUCUUGCGACUGUGCAUUCACAACGAGGGGACCAGGCUUCAGGUUUUCAACAGCCUGAAGAAGCUGGUCAACCUGGCUGCUCUGGAGCUGACGGGCUGCGGUCUUGAGCGAAUCCCCAGCGCGGUCUUCAGCCUUUCCCACCUGCAGGAGCUGGACCUUAGAGAGAACCGGCUUACCACUGUAGAAGAAAUUUUGAGUUUGCAACACUGCCGCCGUUUGACGACCCUCAAACUCUGGCACAAUGAUAUUUCCUACAUCCCAGAGCACGUCAGCAAACUCCGCGCCCUGGAGAUGCUGGACGCCAGUUGGAACAAGAUCUGCGUGCUUCCACUUCGCCUGUGUUACUGUACCAAACUCCGACAUCUGGACCUCUCCCACAACCAGCUGACAUCCCUGCCCUUGGAGAUCGGCGUUCUACAGUGUCUUCAGUUCCUCUCGGUGGCCUUUAAUUCUCUGGAGAGUCUCCCUGAAGAGCUGUUCUCCUGCAAGAGGCUGAAAGUCCUAGCGUUGGGAAAUAACAGCAUUUCCACCUUGUCUCCACGGAUUGGGAAUCUGGCUCAGCUGGUUCGGCUGGAGCUGAAGGGAAACAGGCUGGAUUCUCUGCCUGCAGAGAUCGCCGACUGUCUCUUGCUGAAACUGACUGCUCUGAUAGUAGAAGAUAGUCUGAUGGACCUGCUACCUCCAGAUGUGAAAGACAGAUUGAAGCACAGAUAAUCACUGCUAUUCAGACAUUCACAUGCCAUUCACAUUUUAAUGCAGUAUGCUUUGAAUAAAUCAUACACUGUGGACCCGAACAGAGUUAAUUUCACUCAAAAACGACUGAAAGUUCCAAUAACUGAUUAUAUUAAGCUAAACUUAAACCGAAUGAGUUUCUAGUUCCUGGCAUGCCUUGCGUCAGACUGCAUAAGGAGAAUAAAUGUUGAAAUAGUGUUAUUUUGCGUGUUUUGCAUUAAUAUAAGACAAGAUGUGUUAGUAUUUAAUCUUCUGUUAUGUUGGGACUUGUAGGUUUUAUGUUAUGUUGCAGUUUUGAAUGUUACCAUUGUGGUGAGCAGUAGAGCCUGUGGUCGAGGAUGGAUUGCAUUUUUUUUAAGACUAUGUAUAUUGUACAUGCAAAUGUAUAGCGAUAGUCUCUUUGCUAGUUAUAUUGGCACAUGCAACUGUGCUAUUGCUAGCUUGUAAAAGAUCUGAGUUAAAAUGUUUGUGAAAUCAAAUUGUAAGUUAGGUUAGUCAACAAUUUAAUUAAAUUGCAAUUAACAUAUUUAUGUAGAAAAAAAAAUCAUAAUUUUAAGUUAUGCUUACUUAAUUUUGGAGUUUGUUUACUUAAAGGCAACUGAUUGACUGAGUUCUGCCAAUGUAUUAGGGUUUACAGUGUAGCUGAUUUACUUCGACAUCGAUGAUAUGAGCAAUGAUCAGAACUCAGUGAUGUUCACUGAUUACAGCUGAUUCACUGAUUAAGUUCCUUUUUGUGAAUUAUACAAGCACAAUUCGAAGUACACACAUAAGUUGGGUCCUGUGAUAGUCAUUGUGUUUAUGGCAUGAAGCAUUGAACUUUAACCUAACAGACUCAAUAGACUGUAGUUGUGUGCCAAAUUAUGCACUAAACACUAUGCACUUAUACACUAUGUAAUUAUGCACUAUGUACUCAACCAUGUAGUGUAUGAAUUUUAUAAAGGUUAUUUUGUCAUUCAACAUGUGUUCUAUAUAGUAUGAAUGUGUGUAGUAUGAAUGUAAUUCUGACGUCCCACAUUCAUGAUUUGACCUACCAGUGUCAGUUGCGUCCCUGCACUGCCAUUCACAAAUCCCCAUGGCCCGUGGAAGUAGUAGGUCAUCCGGGUACUUUUUUGCCUACUCUUUUAUGAGUACAAUGAAUUAAGACAUAUUUCUUUUAUCACAUACUGUUUUUCCUAAUAUAUAGUAGGGAAGUAUGCGAUUUCGGAUGCAACCUAAGAAGGGAGCUUAGUUCUUUCCCUGGAGACUUCAGAGUUCCAACACACCUGUCUGUAAUUAUUAAGUGUUUAUGAAUAUUCUAAUUAGCUGGUUCACGUGUGUUUGAUUAGGGUUGAAGCUGAACUUUGCAGGAAAGUUCUCCGAAAUUGAGCACCCCUGACAUAACAUGACAGUCUCUCAAAAUGAAAAUCUCUCAAAAAUUAUUAGUAUGUUCAUGUGCAGACAGUGUUAACAUAAUAGAGCUAUUUUUUACCCAUUACGUUAGGCACGAUUCCACAAAGAAAUUUUCACCAAUCAGUGUAUCACGACAAACAAAUUGUUCCGCCCACUCCCAUGAAAUUACAUAAUGUAGUCAGUCUCCCUAUGCUCUCAAACUACUUAAAUAUUUGUAUGUAUAUGCAUUAUCAAUUUUCAAGUACAUUUUAACUUCAAAUUAAAAUUUGUAAUGUUGUAAUAAAUCUCAUUGCUGGUAGGUUUGGUUCAGGCAUUAUAAUAACUCUUUGUUUUUUUAUUCCCUAUGGGGAAAAUACUUCCAAAACCAACGCCACUGGAAAAAAUAGGUGGGCAGUGUUGCACUCUAUACCAACACUGACAUGAUACUAAUAUGGUACUCUGGCAAUGGCUCCUGAUGUUUUGAGCAGCUGUGGCCUCUUUCCCACUGAGGGAAUGUAGUGCACUUGAGGAGGCCAUGAACGCACUAGAGGUCACUGAUCUACAGCUGCUACAGAAGAGAAUCAUUGUUCAUAUGGAGAUACACAUGAUCCCAGUGCUGUGUGUCCCUUUAACCUGAGCUGUUUCUGUAUUUCUAGUUUUUGUUUUUUUCAAUACUAUUUAAGCUCAAGGUUAUCUAUUGAAAUACGUUCACUCAGGUGUUUAAACAGUAACACCUGAAUAGAUCUGUUUAGAAAUGAAUGCAGCUUUUCUUCAUAACAACACAGUGCAAUUGUUAACAAUAAAGCUUCUGUGUGUUGUUUCCUGAUGGUAGGUGUGGCUGAGCGAGUGGAAAUUUCCACAGGUGUGUGUUGAGCUUUAUCUGUAUAUCUGGACAAAGCUGUGUUAACAUUCCUUUUCAUUUCAUGAAGUACACGAUUAGAAUCGUUGCUCAUUCGCAUUCAGUUCAGCCAACCACCUGAGCUGUAAAUGUCAUGUGACAAGGAAAUUACGUCCUGACUACACUGAUUGGCUGAUGACAACACAAGAACGCACACACAGUCCCAAACAUUUCACUAGUAACAUGUCAGCACUUUUAAGAGCCUUCAAAAGCAAUAUAAUGAAAUAGUCAAAAAAUUGUAAGAAUGAAUAAGCAAAUAAUUUUAAACUAACCAGCCAAACUUUGAGCCAAUCAGCUGAUGUGUUAGUGGCUCCCUCUACUGGCAGAUUAGUUGUAAUAAGUAUGUGAGGGUGUGAAGAAAGAACUGCACUGACUUCACUUAUGUUUUUUUUUCUCAUUCUGGAAUGGAGGGAAUCAAAAGAAGUCUCUAUACGUCAGUUAGGGUUAUUUACUGUUUUACACGUUUUCAAAACUCUUCAGACAGGCAGUAUGACAGGAUCAUUUUGUUUAUUCUUUGAUACAAAUUCAUUCGAUGACCAUAUUCAGCAACAUUCAUGAAAUUAUUUAUUAUUCUUGAAAUAAUUUCACUACUGAAAGGCUGUAUUACUUUUCUUAAUAGCAAAAUGGUGGAUGUCUGGACAUCUCUGCUGAAGAUUGUCGGAAAUGGACAUACGGUAUAUGGUGUAGAUGAGAAUUUGUCGAAAAUUUGAAGAAAAGAUAUAUUUUCAUAUAUAUGCAAGACUCUUUGGUAUGUUUACAGUUAAAUAUGUUCUAUGGCUGUGUAGACACUUGUUUUUAUUGUACAGUAUUAGAUUGUAUGGUUUUAUUUUUGUGUACAUUGGACUUCCUCCAUUACAAUAAAGAGUUGUCAUUCUUGUUUUGCAAAAAAAAUAUAAUUAAAAAUCACAAGCUGCCAGAAUCUGGUGUCUUGAAUGUAAUUGUGUAUAAAUAAUAAAGUGUUUU